AAGACUGAUUUUACAUUGACACUUGACAUGUGCAGGUUAGGAGGUAAAACGUGAACUUUUUUGGAUUAUAUAUCAGAGUUAAAGGGAUCGUAGGGUCGUGACUUCGUACUUUUUUUGUCCGAUUUAAGUCCUAUACGUCUCUGGAAUGCUGUCAUCGCAGAGAUAUAUCUUAACUCGACGGAAUAUGAUCAAAAUUUAAUGAUUAGUUCUAUAUCAAGUGGCUAAAUGUAGCUAGCAAAACAGCUCCAGGACACAACAAAUGACAUGAAAGGAUUGUUGUACUGUCUGGAUUUAACUGACUGGAGUUCAGAACAAGUACAUCAUCACAUCAGGAAAAACUAAACCAAGGUUGGUUUGAGAUGUCUUCUCAGAGUUUUCAGGCCAAAAUGGAUAACAUAACACCAGUUCAACAGAUGGUGGCUUCUUGUUCUGGUGCUUUGCUUACAUCACUGUUUGUCACUCCUUUGGAUGUCAUAAAGAUCAGACUCCAGGCACAGACCAGCCCUUUAUCUAAAGGGAAAUGCUUUGUGUAUUGCAAUGGCCUGAUGGAUCAUUUAUGUGUGUGUGAAAAUGGGAAUGGGAAAGCAUGGUACAAACCUCGUGGUCAUUUCAACGGCACACUGCAGGAUGCCUUCAUCAAGAUUGUGCGCAUGGAAGGGAUGAAGUCACUGUGGAGCGGCCUUCCUCCAACACUAGUUAUGGCAGUUCCAGCUACAGUGAUCUACUUCACCUCUUAUGAUCAGCUCUGUGCUGUUCUCAGGCUCCGGAUGGAGGAAAAAGCAGACUUGGCUCCAUUAUUAGCUGGAGCAACAGCCAGAGUGGGCGCUGCUACGGUAAUCAGUCCGUUAGAGCUGAUCCGCACUAAGCUGCAGUCAGAGAGACAGUCGUACAGAGAGCUGAGUACGGUGAUCCGCUCGGCCGUACAUGCCGAAGGCUGGCUCGCUCUCUGGAGGGGUCUCGGGCCCACGCUACUCAGGGACGUCCCAUUUUCAGCCAUGUACUGGUACAACUAUGAGAGAGGUAAAGCCUGGCUGUGUCACUACAACAACGUGGCCGAGCCGACCUUCAGCAUCACCUUCAUCUCAGGAGCGGUGUCUGGUUCUUUUGCAUCAAUCGCAACACUGCCGUUUGACGUGGUGAAGACCAGAAGGCAGGUGGAACUGGGUGAACUGCAGGCGAGGAAAUUGUUGCCUCAAGCCUCGUCUUCAACCUACAAUGUGAUGAAAAGGAUCGUGGCAGAAAGCGGCAUUCAAGGACUCUUUGCAGGUUUCAUGCCUCGGCUGAUAAAAGUGGCUCCCGCCUGCGCUAUUAUGAUAAGCACUUAUGAGUUUGGCAAGGCCUUCUUCCGCAAACAAAACCAGGAGAAAGAACUGCUUCUUACAAUGCACACCACCAACACCUAAUCACCCCAUCUGUCUCAGACACACACACUUUAUAAUAUAACCAUACACAGUUACAUGUUUGCUUUAUCUGGGAUCUAAAAGAAUCAUGCAAACGUUCAUCUAGAAAAGCCAAGCAGUGUAGAUCAAUACAUAAUUUCUGUUUAUGAAGAAAUUUUUCCACUGUAAAAAUCCUCAAACUUUAUGGUUUGGAAACAAUAUCUCAUUCAACUUCCACUGAUAAGUCUGCACGAAAUACACAGCAAUAUAAACACACUGAAUAAUGCUAAACAUCCUGUAUCGUGGAAGGUUAGAAAGUUAUAUUGUAUUAGCUGUAUUGCUAAUCAGUUGGUUGUGUAAAUGCUUUUAUAGUAUUCUUGUUGCAUAAAUAAUGUUUUUAUUUAGUCUAUUUUAAGAGAAGUGAGAGAACGUAUAUCUCUGAAGCUUAUUUUCAUGUCAUGUUUAACACGUGAGUAGAUCUUAUUUGAUUAAGGAAAUGAUUAAAUAUUUUGAAUGAUACAA